AUGUUUCUUGCUCUCUUCACUAUUCUUGUUGUGACAAUUGUUACUAUCUUUGUUUUGCUUUAUUUAGUCCAACCGCACAAACAAGAAUUUAUGAACUCCGUCGAACUUAGUGAAGUCCCCAAAGACUUGGUCAAUCAUCUUAAAGAGGCCAUUUCAAUACCAACUGUUUCUAAGUCGGCUAAUGAAAACUUUGAGAAGAUGAGGGAAUGGAUGAAAACGACGUACCCAAUUCUUUUUGAAAAGUUCACACUUGAGUUGUUUAACACAAACACGAUAUUACUCAGAUGUGAUGUGGAGAACACGGAACCCCUCGUCUUGUUGGCGCACCACGAUGUCGUCCCGGCACCCUCUGCUGGAUGGGACACAAACCCAUUUGAAGGCACCACAAAAGAUGGUGUUGUUUAUGGACGUGGCGCGAUGGAUAACAAGACAGACUUUGUCACCUGUUUGGAGGCUCUCAAUUUUCUCUUUGCGACAAACUUUAAGCCAAAAAGAAGCAUCUACUUCAUGUCUGGUGCUGAUGAAGAAGUAGGUGGUACUGGGUGUCAAGCAGUAGUCUCUGAGUUAAAGAGACGAGGUGUGACGCCGUAUGUUGUCUUAGAUGAAGGGUAUUGUGUGUUAGACUUAGAGAAGAGCUUUUUGAAGCGCAAUUUGGCGCUCAUUGGAUUUUCGGAGAAGAGGAGAUUGUGUGCAAAGUUUGAGUUAACAUUGAGAGGAGGGCAUGCCAGUAUUCCUCCAAAUCGAACAGAAUCGAAAAUGGUCAAUCAAUUUGUUUCUGCUAUAGAGAAAAGUGUGAGAAUAAAGCGAUGGAAUGAACCAGUUAAGUUGAUGAUAGAGGAGGUUGGGAGAGGACUCCCAUUCCCUUUGAAUUCUUUAGUAUAUCACUUACCCAAAUUGGGGAGUUUGGGUACAAAUGUGGUGCAAUUGUGUGGUGAGAAGUUCAAAGCACUUGUUGGGACAACUUGUGUUAUGACUUAUAUGCGAAUGGGAGACUUAACUAUGACAAACGCACUACCAAAUAACGCAGAGUUUGUGGUGGAUAUCAGAAGUUUCCCAGGAGAUUCAGUUAAAGACAUUGAAGAGCGAAUAACCAAAACAAUUGAAAGAUACAAAAAGAACUUCAAAGAAAUCAAAAUGGAGUGGCUUUGGGUCGACGAUAAAAAAGAGAACGUAUGUUCCAAUUUGACUUGCGAAGGCUUUGACAAAAUUGUCAAAACAGCCAAAGAAGUCUUUGGUAAUGUCAUAAUUGCUCCGGCUUUAGUUAUUGGAGGAACAGACUCAACCCACUAUUUAGAAAUAUCUGAUCGUGUGUUUAGAUUUGGGCCUGAGAUACUUUCUUUUAAAGAAAUUGGGGCCAUGCAUGGUAUUAAUGAACAAAUUAGAGAAAAUACAGUAGAAAAGGCGUUCCAAUAUUUUGUUAAACUUAUUCAGAACUGUUGUUAG